AUGGACGAUUGGAAAUCCCUCGACCCACGCCCGCUGCCGCACCGCCGGACUCCUUCGUCGAGGAGGAGGCCUUGGACUGCGAUCUUGCUACUCGGGGCAUCCGGCUUUUUUGCGUGGACAACAUGGUCAUCUACUGGAUCGUCAAGUCCAGCGCCAGAGCCACAGCUUACACCGAGUGGGUCUGAGGCCCCUUUCAGCUGGGACGAGAUUGACCCCUCGCCUGUGCUGGACUACCAGGACUGCGGCGAUGGCUUCCAGUGUGCACGCCUGCAAGUCCCCAUGGAUUAUAAUCGCACCGAGGCGGGCGAUCGAACAUUUUCGCUUGCAAUAGUUCGUAUCCCGGCCAAGGUGCCUGUCUCGGAUGCCCGAUACGGUGGCGCUGUUUUGAUUAACCCAGGUGGCCCUGGUGGCUCUGGGACAUUGUCAGCGUUGUUAUCCGGUCGUAAUCUGCAGACCAUUGUUGAUGCAGAGAACGAUCCGUAUCGAGCCGCUUUUGAUGAAAAUGACAGGUAUUUCGAUAUAAUUGGAUUUGAUCCGCGUGGUGUUGGCGCAACCACGCCUGCGGCCUUGAAUCAAGGUUGUUCUGUUUUUGAUAUGAACGCUGGCGCUGAUGCAGCUAACGGUGACGACUCCAUGCUGUCUUAUCUAAAUACCCGCCUCGUUGCCCAGGACUUGGUCACCAUAAUCGAGCGCCAAGGCGAGUGGCGCGAGAAACAGGGUCAAAAAGCACAGGUUGCCUAUGAUAACUGCCACGGUGUGGAUGAGUCGCGCGCUAUUCUGAGACGCACGCAAUGGCGUGUUGAUAAAGAACCUUUAUUAUACUGGGGCCGAUCCUACGGUACCGUCCUCGGCGCGACCUUUGCAGCAUUAUUCCCGAAUCGAGUUUCACGAGCGCUGCUGGAUGGCGUCGUGAAUAUGGAUAAAUAUUACGAAGGGAGAGGGCCCAAUGUUAUCACGGAUGCAGAUGCGAUCUUUGACAAAUUCGGUCAAUACUGUGAUGUUGCCGGGCCAGACGGUUGUCCCUUCUAUGUCGAAGGCGGCCCUGGGGUAAUUAAGGAUGCGUAUUGGACACUCGAAAACCAGAUCCUGAACAAUUCCAUUCCGGUUAUGGCUUCUAGGACCCACGGGCCGGAGGUCGUGACCUGGACUGACUUGAAGGCCAUUCUCCGCAUCUCCAUGUACCAACCUUUACUUGCGUUCCACACUUUUGCAACUCUUAUGGGGUCGCUUUCAAGGGGUAACCCAGAGCCAAUGGCCGUUUUCAAGCAUAGCAGGCAUGUCGAAACCUGUCCAUCGAAGGCGUGCAAAAUCGCUGGCCCUUGGUCUCCGGAAUGUAGCCUGGGUCAAGACAACACCCUAUACGCGAGUGCCGCUAUUCUUUGCUCUGAUGCUAGUUAUAUGACACACCAUGAUCAAGAGACUUUCGAGGAAUUAUGGACUCAGCUCAAGUCCGAUAGUGCUACUCUUGGCGACUACUGGGCUCAGCUACAAAUGGCUUGUGUAGGAUGGCAAGCUAAGGCCAAGUACAAGUUUACAGGGCCUUGGGGUGGUGUCACGGCGCAUCCUAUUCUAUUUGUCUCUAAUAAACUGGACCCCGUGACCCCUCUUCGCAGUGCACAACACAUGUCCAAACAAUUCCCUGGGUCGGCAGUUCUUGAGCAAAAUUCAGAAGGCCAUACCACGAUUGCAGCACCUUCGCUUUGCGUAGCCAAGGCGAUUCGAAACUAUUUCCAGACCGGUGCUCUCCCGAACGCGGGGACUAUCUGUGAGGCUGAUCUAAAGCCGCUAGUCGGUGCGCCAGAUGGCAUUCACAGUCUCGGCAGGGAUCUAAGCCCUGGGGACCGCAAGCUAUUGGAGGCGUCGCUAGCCGAAGCGAUGCGAGGACAUUUCCCGCAUAUAUCUUUCGACUGGAGUCUGUCUUAG